CUCAUAUUGUCGCAUCUGGGUAUUCGCCACGUGUCUGGGAGUCACCAGACAUAGCAAGAUGUGCUCAAAGGAUAAAACUUCCAGCCAAUUUCCAGGCCGAAUCUUAUCCAUGCAGAUGGCAAUUGCAAGUCUUCUUGCGCCCUUCCCAACAUCUUAACCGCUUUUGUUUCCCUUCGUGUCGUUUUUUUCCCCCAUAAAACUGUCAUCUCUUAGGUGUCACCGUGAUCCUUCUUCGCCAUUAAAUAAUCGUAACAGUCAUCCGUAUUCAUUCAUUGAAGAACACAAUCAUGGAAGCAGCUUCCUUACUUUCAUUUUCCAGCUCUCCUCUCUCUUCGCUCCCUUCUGUUCCUUCUCCUCAGAAUCUCAAUCACAGGGGCCUGUUCUUGUUACCAGUGAGUUCACAGCGAUUUAAUGUUGGCAUUAGUGGCAAGAGUUUGAGGCUAUGCCCGAAGGCUUGUCUCAGAGGGAAUGUGGAGGCCACUGCGGUCCCAACUUCUGUGCCUGUUCGAGUGGCUCACGAGCUUCUCCAAGCAGGCCAUCGUUACUUGGAUGUCAGGACUCCAGAAGAGUUCAGUGCCAGCCAUGUCUCUGGGGCUGUUAAUGUUCCAUAUCUGUACAGGGUUGGAUCAGGGAUGACAAAGAAUCCGGAAUUCCUGAAGGAAGUAUCAGCUCAUUUUGGAAAAUACGAUGAAAUCAUUGUUGGGUGUGAACUCGGGAAAAGGUCUCUCAUGGCUGCUACGGAUCUUUUAGCUGCUGGUUAUGGAGGCGUUACUGAUAUGGCUGGAGGGUAUGCUGCCUGGAGACAAAAUGGACUCCCAUCUGAACUUUGAUUCAUGAGUGAAAUUUGCAGAAAAUAAAAAAAUCUUUACAAAAAUGUAUUUACCUUACAACAGAGAUGGGUAAAUAUUGCAAAGAAAAGUCUGUAAAGUUUGAAUCAACAACAUGAAUAAACAAGUUAUCAGCAAUGGUCUCUGAACAGAGCACUUAACGGGGAUUUGUAAUUACUUCUCUGAAUAAAUCCCAGUUGAUGUCGAAUGUAUUAUAAAUUCUGUCUAUUUUAAUUUAAUUUGCAAGAUUUCCAUGUGAAA